CCUGAUAAAAAAGGUUUAGCUGGUCCCCUUGUUUCAACUUACUUCCAAUGACGAAAUAGGAACUGGGUCCCCAGGUUGAAACCCUUCCCUCGAUUAUCCAGGCUAUGAAAAAAAUAAACACGACUCGUCAGUCCCACUUACUUACUUACUUACUUAUUACGUCCUAUUAAUAUUUUGCCCAAAUCCAUCUGAACAAUGUGUCGUUAAAAAGUCUUUGACCCAACAAACCACCUAGUCCGGUUGCCUAAGCGCAUGUUCCAGCUCUCACAAUGGCCGACGACACAGUGCCUCUAGCGUCGCUGUCCCUAACUCACGUUCACUAUGACCCAACAGAUCCCCUAUCCUACCUCUGCGCCUGGCUGGCCCUCGUCCCGCAGGGCCUGUGCGUCGUGUACGCGACCCUGAUCCUGUUCACGCGCGAGAUCGAGAUCGCGCUGCUGUUCGCGGGCCAGCUCGCCUGCGAGGCCAUCAACUUCGCGCUGAAGCGGCUGAUCAAGGAGGAGCGCCCGCGCCGCAUGAACGGCAAAGGCUACGGCAUGCCCAGCAGCCACGCCCAGUUCGUCGCCUACUUCGCCGUCUCCCUCACCCUCUUCCUGCUGUUCCGCCACCAGCCCCCGAGCCCGCGCGUCCGCAGGCGCAACCACACCCCCAUGGGCCUCCUCGAGAGAACCGGGUGGAGUGUCCUCGGCCUCGGCGUUGCCGCCGCCGUCGCGUGGAGCAGGGUGUAUCUGAACUACCACACCGAAAAACAAGUGCUGGUCGGCGCUGCCGCAGGGACGGUAAGUGCCAUAGGAUGGUUUGUCAUCACCGCUAUAGUCAGGCAGACGGGGUGGCUAGCCUGGGCGAUAGACCUGCCCAUAGCGAAGUGGCUGCGAAUACGGGACUUGAUUGUGGAGGAGGAUCUGUGCCAGGCUGGGUGGGAGAAAUGGGAUGAUAAGAUCACAGAACUAAAGGCAAAGGAAAAGAAGAGGAAAGGGAGGUGAGGUGAAGUUUUUGCCUACUUUCUCAGACAAUACCCAAUACCCCCUGGCCUAGCGACCUAAAAACACCCUCCAUAGCUACGCUCGUAGUAAAGAAGAAGAGCCCCCCCAAAAA